AUGCCGCCUGCUGGCUUCAACCCGAACCGCCUUAAAGUGCAGCUGAAGUUAAGCGUUAACCGUCUAAAGUUAACGCAACAAAAGAAAAACUCUCUUGGGAAAGAUGCGCGUCGAGAAAUUGCUGAGUUAUUAAAGAAUGGCAAGGUGGAAAGUGCAAAAAUACGGGUUGAAGGCAUUAUACGUGAAGAUCUUAAUUUGGAAGUAAUGGAAAUCUUGGAACUAUAUUGUGAACUACUGUUGGCUCGAUUUGGUAUGAUUGAGCAAAUGAAACAAUGUGAUCCAGGAAUACAGGAAGCUGUUUAUACCUUGAUUUACGCUGCACCGCGCUCUGAAAUUAAGGAAUUGAACAUGGUACGGGAUCAAUUAAUUUCAAAAUAUGGUAAAGAGUUUGCAUUAACUGCAAUUGAUAAUAAGGACAACUGUGUGAAUGAUAGGGUUGUACAUAAAUUGAAAGUGCUUACUCCAGAUAGGUAUUUAGUUAAUAGUUACUUGGAAGAAAUUGCCAAAUCAUAUAAUGUAAAUUGGACUCCGGAUCCAAGUGAUGAAAGAGUUUUAGGGUUGGAUGAUUUACUGAAUUUAACACCAUCUGACAAUAACGUUGACACACAAAGACCGACAAUAUAUACCGCAUUGCCAGACUAUGACUUAUUAAUGGAGGACAUAGCGCCUCAAUUUGCCGAAUUAAACAAUAACGAUAAUAACGUCGAGCACCAGGAGACAAAUGAUACACUUCUUCCGGAUGUUCCUUCAUCACCACCAUCUAAUAAAAAACACGAAAUACAUGGCAAAUCGUCAUCUUCCAUCCUUCCAGACUCUUCAAAUUCAUACGCAAAAAAUGGUAAGUCAGAUCCUGCUUCUCAAGAAACUCGCGAUCAAUCAUCAUCUUCCACAAAGACCACAAAAUCAAAUGACGAAUUGCCUGAUUUUGAAGAGUUGACAAGGAGAUUUGAGGCUUUAAAAAAAAAAUAA